AUGGUUUCAACUCCACCGCCACCGCCGCUGUCCGCCAUGGUUUCAACUCCACCGCCACCGUCGUCGCUGUUUGCCACGAUUUUAACGCCGCCGCCGCCGUCGUCAACUCCGCCGAAAGCAAAACCAAUGUCGGGGUUUGAGAUGGCGCUGGGUGUGGUGGUGUGGGCUGGGCCAGGCGUUGCGCGGCAAAGUAUGGAUGAUAUGGCGGACACCCGCUUGCAUAUGGCGUUCUUUGACAAACGCAACGACAUCCUCCCUGGAGACACCACCUUCUUUCUCAAGUACUACCUUGCUGAUCAUCCUCUACACGAUUUGGACAUCACUGACCAGCACAUCAGUGUGAUGUUUGAGCUGCUCAACAAUCCAGGCUACAACAGCAGUCCGGACAUCACGCAAGAGUUGGGUCCAUGGGUUCAAGACUACUGUGAUGUUCACGGAUUCGCCCCCAUCCGCAUGCAAAAUUGCCAACAGACCGCAGCGUACACGGGUACGAGCAUCCUCACAAACCUCAAAGUUAACGUACAAGAGCAUUUCAUGCAAAUGUUUCUGCGCUACGCCGAUGAAAGGCUUGGUUUGAAGCAAGUCAUACUGCAUCUCCGUAGAGCCGGAGUCAGCCGAGCGCAGCGCCAACGGUAUUAUCGGCGUGUCCGUCAAUUUACAAAGUAUGCGAUGUUUGAAGAGUUUCCAACCGAAGAGGAGUUUGCGCGCCUCACACAACUUGAGCGGACCAUCCUCGAAGAGCUAUGGGCUCUGUUUCCUCCCCAGGAUGAGCCGCUUGCGUACAGCCUUGCGGUGCACGCAAUGCCAUAUUUAGGUGAGUUGGCGCCUAUUGUGAGCUCACACCUCUAUGAGCGCCGUGGAAUGCGCCUGUUUUCCGCUAUCUCGCUGCGCAAAUCUCGAAUCCAGUCAUCUGUUCGGAUCGACACGCUGAUCCUAGGCACUCAUAUCCUGGGCUUGGGCCAAAGUCGCAUGGGGAAAUUCACCAAUGCACGCAAGCGGGAGCUGUGGGGGCAGUUUAUCAACGCGAAUGACAAGGUCUUCAAGGAUCGAAAGAAGCUUGGUCUCAAAUUUGAUGGGUCAAUCAGCACAAACGGGUAUUCCGCUACCAUCCACUUCAAGAUGCCAGGGCUCAAGUAUGGGCAUCGGGCCCGGAAGCGCAGCAAGGCCCAAAUGCAGGAAGAAGUCAAGCAGCUGUAUUUUGAGCACCACAUCGCGGAACUAAGGGAGGCUCCAAACAUCGUCUGCAUUGAUCCGGGCAAGCGUGACCUCCUGUUCUGUCGAGACAACGAGAAGGAGCGGCAAUUUCGGUACGUUUCAGUUGAUUACUACUGCCCUGCUGUCCCCGUUGUCCCCGCUGUCCCCGCUGUCGCCGCUGUCACCGCUGUCCCCGCUGUCCCCGCUGUCCCCGCUGUCCCCGCUGUCGCCGCUAUCCCCACCAACGCCCUCCUCAACCCUGUCCCCGCCCCCAUCCCCACCAUCCCCCCCGUCACCAUCCCCCCCAUCACCAUCCCCACCAUCCCCGUUGCGGCGACAUUCCGCUGCAGCGUUCUCACAAUGCACCACCCCAUACCAGAUACACAUCCAAUCAACGGGCGGUCGAGAUAAAGUCUCGGUACUUUCAACGAGACAUGAC